AUGAAUGUCAAUUCUGAAUAGAAAACAGAUUUAUAUGAGGUUUUAGCUUUAUCAAGAAAUAUUGAUGGACAAAUUUUGGAUAUCUUAUUAGAAAUUUUAAGAAAAGAAAAAAUUUAAGAUUGUCUAAAGUUUCUUUCAAAAGAUUGGGAUCUAGAAGAAUUUGAAUAAUACAUUUGUUAAAAUGAAAAUGUAUAACCUAAUAAUACUUUAUUAAAUAACUUUAAGUAUAUUGCAAACGUUAUCAAAAAUAUUUGCGAACAUGACUUUUAUAAACUAAAUUAUUCAACAGAAGAACAUAAAGUAGCUAGAACAAAUCUAAUCAUUAAAGUAUCCAAUGAAAAGGCCAUUCUUGAAUUUUUAAAAUUUCUAGUUCGUCUCACUGGAAUAGACAACCAAUUUAUUUAAUGUGGAUCAAAUUCGCUUAAUUUAUUAGUGGAAAUGAAGGCUGAUUUUUCAAAACAAUGUUUUAAAAACAUAAAGAUUCAACAUACUUCAUUAGUUGGAGCAAAUUUUGUAAAAUGUAAUUUAAGUGGAUCAGUAUUUGAAAAUGUGGAUAUAAGUGGAAUUAAUUUAAAUAAGGUGUUAUUAAUUGGUUGUAAAUGGAAUAAUUUAAAAAUAAAUGAAUUACAUCAAUUAGAUGGUCAUAAUGAAGAGGUUUAUGCAAUAUGUUUCUCUCCUGAUGGGAACACAUUAGCAUCUGGAAGUGGAGAUAAUUUUAUCUGUCUAUGGGAUGUUAAGACAGGUUUAAAAAAAGCUAGUAUAAAAGGACAUAGUAUUGGAGUAAUAUCAGUAUGCUUUUCUCCAGAUAGUAAUACUUUGGCAUCUUGUGGUGCAGAAUGUAUAAUUUUUCUUUGGGAUGUUUAAACAGGACUUCAAAAAUCGUAAUUAGUAGGUCAUUGCAGUACUAUUUAUUCCAUACGUUUCUCUCCUGAUGGUAACACAAUAGCAUCUGGUAGUAGAGAUUACUCUAUUUGCUUAUGGGAUAUUAAGACAGGCUUGCAAAAACUCAAAUUAGAAGGUCAUAAUGAUGAUGUGAAAUCAGUAUGCUUUUCUCCCGAUGGAAGUACCUUAGCAUCUGGAGGUGGAGAUUGCUGUAUCAUUAUUUGGGAUUUAUAAACAGGAAUGCUAAAAUCUAAAUUAGAAGGUCAUAGUAGUUAUGUACGCAUGGUAUGCUUUUCUCCAGAUGGUACUACAUUAGCAUCAUGUAGUGAUGAUAACUCAAUUCGUUUAUGGGAAAUUUAGACAGGAUAAUAAAAAUCUAAAUUAGAAGGUCAUACUAAUUGGGUUUCAUCAAUAUGCUUCUCCCCUGAUGGAAGCACAUUAGCAUCUUGUAGCGGAGAUAAAUCUAUCCGUUUAUGGGAUGUCAAAACAGGAAAACAAAUUUCUAAAUUAGAAGGCCAUAAAAAUUCUGUUUCAUCAGUUUGCUUCUCUCCUGAUGGUACAACAAUAGCAUCUGGAAGUUAAGAUAAAUUGAUCUUUUUAUGGGAUGUUAAGAAAGGAUAGCUAAAGUCUAGAUUAGAAGGUCAUAAUAGUAAUGUCCAUUCAGUAUGUUUCUCUCCUGAUGGUAAUAUAUUAGCAUCUGGAAGUUGGGAUAAGUCCAUAACUUUAUGGGAUGUUCAAACAGAAAAACGAUUGUAUAAAUUAGAGGGUCAUAGCGGUUUUGUUUAGUAAGUAUGCUUCUCUCCUGAUGGAUCUUUGUUAGCUUCAGGCAGUUAUGAUAAUUCUAUCCGCUUAUGGGAUGUCAAAACAGGAUAACAGUAAUAAAAAUUAGAAGGUCAUAGUUAAGGGGUUUAAUCAGUAUGCUUCUCUCCUGAUGGUUCUUUGUUAGCUUCAGGCAGUUAUGAUAAUUCUAUCCACUUAUGGGAUGUCAAAACAGGACAACAGUAAUAAAAAUUAGAAGGUCAUAGUGAAUUGGUUUAAUCAGUAUGUUUCUCUCCUGAUGGUUCUAUAUUAGCUUCUGGUAGUGGAGAUUAGACUAUCCGUUUAUGGAAUGUUUAGACAGGGCAACAACAAUCUAAAUUAGAUGGUCAGGGAUGUGUCUUGUCAGUAUCCUUUUCUCCUGAUGGUGCGACAUUAGCAUCUGGUUAUGCAGAUAAAUCUAUCUAUAUAUGGGAUGUCCAGAGAGAAUAAUAACAUUUAGUAUCAUAACAUAACACUUAAGAUAUUCUUGAAACCCACAUUUUAAAUAAAUUCUAUGAGGAUAAUGGUAAUUACUUAUUUUUAUUUAGCCAAUACUAACGUAAUCAUUCUUAUUAUAUCUGAACAGCUUCCUAAAUUUUAAGCAAAAGGAGCAUUAAUUUAUUAAGGAGAAUUUAUAAAUCAUAUUGGCAUUGAUUUAAAAAAUCUAUUUUAAUAAAGAGGAGGUUGCGUUUUGGACGGUCAAAUAGGUUUUUAGUAAAAGCAAAAUUGA